GAGAUCAAGCCGUUAAUCCAACGUAAAGACAAGUUCCCGUGCUCUCUAAUUUCCUCUUCUUCUGAUCUCGCAAACAAGAAAUCCCCGGGAAAAGAGAAGCGGCGGGACAAGAUCGCCAGAGAUUCCACGGACGGACCCAAGUAGGACAAUGGAGGGGAGUUUGAGAUUGGGGUUUCUGUUGGUUCUAUGUAUCUUGGCCUUCUUGCGCCCUGCUGCAGCUAUUCGCUUCGUGAUCGAUAGGGAAGAGUGCUUCUCUCAUAAUGUUGAUUAUGAAGGAGAUACAGUUCAUGUAUCCUUUGUUGUGAUCAAGGCAGAGACGCCAUGGCAUUAUACCGAGGAUGGCGUGGAUCUUGUGGUUAGAGAUCCCAAUGGUAAUCAAAUCCAUGAUUCCCGUGACAAGAUCAGCGAUAAGUUUGAAUUCAUAGUUCAUAGGAGAGGCGUUCACCGCUUCUGCUUCACCAAUAAAUCCCCAUACCAUGAAACUGUAGAUUUUGAUGUACUUGUUAGUCACUUUUCGUAUUAUGACCAGCAUGCCAAAGAUGAACAUUUCAGCGCCUUGUUUGAGCAAAUUGCAAAGUUGGAUGAAGCCCUCUACAACAUUCAGUUUGAACAGCACUGGUUGGAGGCCCAAACAGACCGGCAAGCAAUAUUAAACGAGAACAUGAGUAGGAGGGCAGUUCACAAGGCAUUCUUUGAAUCAGCUGCUCUCAUUGCAGCCAGUGUUGUGCAGGUCUACCUACUGCAUCGCCUCUUUGAGCGAAAGCUGGGAACAUCGAGGGUCUAAUUCUCUGAUACUGUCUGGAGGUAGAAAAGCUCAGACGAUACCAAAUCCAAGGAGAUGACACCAAAUUGGUUUCUUGCUAACAUCACACCAUCUGAUUAGGAUACAGUUGGAAGCCAUGUGCAGUCUGGUUGGUCCUAAAUUCUUUUGCUGACUGGAUUUUUUCGUGUUAUGGAUAAUGAUUUCACAAAUAAUGAUUGGCACUACUGCUUGAGCCGAUAAGCAUAACAACUCUGGUAUUCGCAUUUCAAUGUCCAGUUUGGUUGGUACAUGGAGUCACUGACAAUCGAGUUUGGAAUCUCUGACCAAACAUAACAGCCGCCCGUGACACGUAUCAACAUCAAGGAUGAUAACCAAUAAUCUUGAAUUUUUCAGUAAAUUCUGCCUGAAGCACUGUACUUUGUAAAGUUGCAUUUCAGAUAUCAGCACUUGUUCUCUGAAUCAGUUGUAACUUUGUCAGUAAUUUAGUAGCCUGAAGCCCUGUACUUUGUAAAGUUGCAUUUCAGAUACACGAAAUCAGGCAUCAGCAUUUGUUCUUUGAA